AUGUGCCCGGGCUUAUCACAGCACGCCAGCACUCUGUCCACGGGCCAUAUACUUAUACUGCACUCCGCAUUGUUAACAUUAGCCGUCGUGCAGCUUUUGCCUGGGCAGGCCGGCAUGGGUACCCCCUCGGGCAGGUCUGGCGGGGAGGGAGGCGGCAACAUUCAGCAAGGUCCUGACUCGUGGCACGCCCAGCGUGGCCUGCACCCAGCCCUAUUGCUAAGUACAGGAGAAAAUGUGCUUGCUUUAUUGCUGUUUGGCGCCGGUACCGAGCUGUCUGGCACCGAGUUGCAAGGAUCGAUUGGAUCUCGGUCGAUGUGGGUGCCUCUGGGCGUGCGGUGCUCCUCUAUCGGGGAAAGCCCCCUUGUGCUGAACUCCCGCUAG